AUGACGGAGUCGGACUGUUUGACUGUAUCACCUCCACGUCAGAAUCGUCGUCGAUCGAACGCUGUCAGUCUUGCUGGCUCUCGUGCGAUUGAUCCGAGCGUGCUCAACCGAAGUCCCGAUGGCGAUGGCGAGGGCGAUGGAGAUGGAGAUGGAGAUGGAGAUGGAGAUGGAGAUGGAGAUGGAGAUGGAGAUGGAGAUGGAGAUGGAGAUGGAGAUGGAGUCGGAGUUGGUGAUGACGAUGACGAUGACGAUGAUGAUUAUGGUCUUGCACCCGAAGCUCCCAAACAACGUGAUAUUGAAGAAAAGCAUUAUAACAAUCCCCGAGUGCUCACUCAUGGUUUCGACAUUCCUUCAGAGGCCGAGUCUGGAUCGGCAGGUUCAGAAAGGACCUUUCGUGAAAGUGGAAUAGCGGUCAUCACUUCGAUCGAUCCAUCCCUACUUGUGAGCGAGCAAGAACGAUAUACUCAAGAGUCGCAGACCGUUCCCCAUUCAUGGUGGUCACUUGAACAAUUAGCUGCUCAUCGAAACUCCUCCAGAAGACCGCGUAAAACUAUCCGCAGUGGUGCGAAAGAGAUUGACCGUUCCCUGGUUAUGGAGAACUCCCCGAUCUUAUCAUAUGGAGGUUUGAUAGAGAGUUCAUGUCUACUUCAUCAACAUCGAGUCGCUAGCUUCGAACCUCCUACACAAUGGCUUUGUCAACAUGAUGGAUCUUCGACCGAGCCGAUAUAUCUGUCAAAUCGAUUCGAAGAGAAAGUUGACUCAACAACAGCUGUGACAUCAUCAGUCCCAACGGUGAAGUUGACACCGUAUAAACCCCAGAAACCUCCUCCUCCGCCAGGAAGAUACCCACUCAGAUGUUAUCCCGACCCUGGAACCGAUUCUCCCGUGAGAGCGCGAUGGGAGGACGGCACUUAUCAGCUCACGGAGGACGAUGAAGAUGAUGCGUACAACAUGUCGAGUGACGAGGAGGAGUAA